AUGGCGGCGGCGGCGGCGAUGAUACCGGGGGCAUGCCCCGCGCGGAUGGCCGAGCCCCCCACCCCCCUCUCUGCGUUGGCUGCCCCCUCGUUCUACUCCGUCGUUAUUACCCCUCGUUCGCGCGGUGGCGCCUCCGCCCGCCGGCGGCUGGUCUGCCGCGCCUCCGUCGCGCCGCCGUCCCCUUCCGCCCUGUACUCCGUCGAAGCAGAAGGUGAGCGCUCGAGCGAGAGCUUUCGGCGGCGAUGACUUGUCCUGGCCGCCGCCGCCGGUCUUUGCCCGCUCUUCUCCCUCCCUUUUUCCAUAUUCGAAUUUUCUCGCGUUUUAGAGUACUGGGUUCUUAAUUUACCACGGUUCGAUGAGGAUGGAUGGCCAACUGCAUGGAUGGGUGCGGGUGAUACGGAAAGACUACUUCCUUCGGAGAAAUUAGAGGCACGCUAUUAUUGCUCUAGGACGAAGAUGAAGCAGAGGAGAUCGCCCCGACGGAGGAGAAGGAGGGGAUGGUCUGAGCGGAAAGGAGCGUGGCCUCGGAAGAUGGGGAAGAAUGUGGAGUGGAAAGGUCUUCCUCGAAUUUCUGGAGCCCACCUAGAGGACAUGAGGUUUCUUCCUAGAGAGAAACUAGAGAGCACCCUGCAUUUUGCAUUAUUCUCUGAGCAAGAAACUGUUUUUCUCCUGAAGACUACUUAAUGGGGGGGACCUGUAACUCUUUCAAUCGUCUCUCGGGAAAAACCUGAUUGUGUUCCGUGGAGAAAUGUCGAUGACUUUCGGUGGCUCCCACUACCUUGGGGAUAUAAACGAAGGGUUUUCCCGCUGCGAUUCCUUCGAGAAUCUGUAUACAAGGAAAAUAGCCUGAUAUUCUUUUCCUCAUCGUGUUCAAUUUCGCUUCCAAAGAUAAAAAAAGUGAAGAACUAACAGGUUUUUCUGGCAACCAGCUGUAGAUGAUCUCAGAAAACUCAUCUGCCAAGGGAAUUGAGGGCGUUGUUCCAUGCCUAUUAAUGCGUAUUUAAUCACCAUGCUAAGUCCAUUAGCAGUUGACUUCUGACUUACGUUUCAGCCAAUACGGGCCUCAAGGACUUCUUGCACAUCAGCGAUUUUGACAAGGACACCAUAAUGAAGAUCCUUGAUCGUGCUGCGGAGGUCAAGGCCCUGCUGAAAUCAGGGGACAGGACAUUCCAGCCCUUCAAAGGGAAAACGAUGGCUAUGAUCUUCACCAAACCAUCCAUGCGGACUCGGGUCUCUUUUGAAACCGGUUUCUUCUUGCUCGGGGGACAUGCCAUCUACCUGGGACCCGAUGAUAUCCAGAUGGGCAAGAGAGAGGAAACCCGCGACAUUGCUCGGGUUCUCUCCAGGUACAAUGACAUCAUCAUGGCACGUGUAUUUGCUCAUCAGGUAUGUGAGUCGGCUGACUUUUCCAUUGUUCCCUUAUUAUUCCAUGUCGUGAUCUAUUUUUAUUUGAAUAUUUUUUAUUCAAUUUGGUUGCUACAUGUUCAAUAGUGUCCAUGCAUCUAAUGCGGCUUGUGUAUUUGAUGGGGUGCCCAUUAACAUGCGAUCGUUUUGUAAAAUAAAUAAACGUGACAACAAUCGAUGUACUGUUCAAUUUAUCCAGACGAAGGGGGCAGAAGAGAUUACCCAGAGAAAACAUGUCCAGCCUAUCCCAGAUGGUGACAUGAAGUUUUCGUAUUGCUAGAUAAGUAGUUCCCAAAGUAUGUCGGGAAAAAAUAUGGGGAAGUGAGAUUGCAUUCUGACUGGCUUCAUUGGGGAAGUGAGAUUGCAAUGGGGUGUUGCCAUGCUUCUCAGGCGUAGGAAAUAAUUUCGUGUGUUUAUAUCAAGCAAUUGCUGAAUUCGGCCAUGAGCAUUGGAGGAUCUCAGUCUGUGGGAUUGGGAUAGAGAUGGGGGGUUAUAUUAUUUUUACGGAAAUUAAUUGGCAUUGGAUUGCUAUAAUUUCACAUAACAGGAGACCCUGUAGGUAUAUUUCCUGUAGGUAUAUUCCCUCCCAUAAAGAGGAUUAUAGUAUCAAUGGAAUGAUUUUUGCAUCAGUCCACACAGGGCAUUGAUGUCGCUUAUUCUCAACCAUUUUGCUUCUUGUUAGCAUGAAGGGAUUCGUGGUUUAUUUCCCAGGAAAGGUUAGCUGCAUGCAGCUAUGCUUGAUUCCAAUUUUAAGAUUGUCAUUUGUUUUCCUGAUUCAACCUCACAACUUCAGUUUUUUAUCUUUGCCUUGAAAGAUUCGCAAGUUCCUCAUUCAGAGUGUAUCAAGGAACUUGAAAAUAAUUGACUUAUUUCAUGGCUAGAGUUCCAAGCGAGAGAAGCAUGAUGUGUAUUGAACGGAUGAACAUGAAAUCCUACCCCAUUUCCACCAUGAGAUUUGCUGUGAACUCCAUGCCAGAAAAUCAUGGGAACUUUGCAGUUUGUGCGACUCUCUGCUUGAUCUGUAAGGUUAUUGGUUAUGUUUUUGACAAUCACGACUUUGGAUUCAUAUUUCGUGGUAAGCCUGACAUUUCGAGUAUUGGCACUAAUGAUUUAUUUUUCUCAUAAAUGUUGGCCAUUUUUCCACAAUUUUUCUUCUUUUCGAAGCACAUCUUCAUUUCAAAUGGCAUUUCUUUGUUUGUUGAUAAUGGAGAACGCUUGAGAAAAAGAAAAGGCAGUGAAAGAAAACCAAAAAUAAUGGGUAGUUCACAAAUAUAUGUCAAGAUGAAACUUGGCCUCACCUAGACACCUCAUAGUGGAAAAAAUUCGAUCAAUUUUAGUUGGGUGAUUGUCUUCCCUCUCAUUCGUGCUUGGAUUUGGAUAGUCCUUUUUGCCCAUGUGAGUGGCUUUCACUUUACAAAAAAGGGGGUUUUAUCCAUUUGUGAUGGUAUAAUGGUGCGGCUUCUCUGCUGAUUUUUUUUUCUUUUUUUUUUUGGUGCAAUGUGGAAAUAUGAUAAAAUUCGAUAAUUUCUGACACUGACAAUCCCAACGUUCUUCUGAGCUCUUUUCGAGUCUUGAGAAGAUUCAGUGUAAAGAUAAACAAGGCCAUGUGAUUUGCCUCUCUCUAGAUAUACGCAAGCAGCCUUGCUGUGGUACUAUCCUGGCAGUAUUCCACCGAUGGUAGACUGACUUCUGUCCCGCAUCUCAUUCUGGAUGUUUGCUCGGUCGUCAGAUCACUCGGAAGAACCCUCACAAUGCCCAAUCUUCCUCCCCCUCCAAUCCUGCACCUGAGUUUCAUAGACAACUUACUGUCUAUAGUUGGCCCCAAAGUCCCGGCAACAGGUGGAAUUUGCUGCCAAUUUUCUUGAAAUAACUAGUGUUUGUCCAUUUUAAUUCAUAAGCGGGAGGGGCUGAAAUAACCCUAGUCUGAGAGAUUUCAUAGUCCCAACCAAGUCUCCCCAUCAUUUCAUGAGCUUCUGUGCUUCCCCUUGUGACAGGAUAUCCUUGAUCUGGCGAAAUAUGCUUCGGUGCCCGUGGUUAAUGGGCUGACCGACUACAACCACCCGUGCCAGAUCAUGGCGGAUGCGCUGACUAUUGCUGAGCACGUGGGCCGACUAGAGGGGACCAAGGUCAGUCAAAACGCCCGCUGUUUUCAUGAACCCUUGGGAUGCGGUGCGCAGCUAUCCGGGCUGAAAUUUUCGUUUUUUAAUCCAAUGUGUGAGGUGAAUGACAGAUUGUGUACGUCGGGGAUGGGAACAAUAUCGUCCACUCUUGGCUUCUCCUGGCGGCAGUGGUGCCCCUCCACUUUGUGUGCGCCUGCCCGGAAGGGUUCGAGCCCCACAGGGAGACUGUUGAGAAGGCGAUCGCCGCUGGGAUCAGCAAGAUCGAGAUUACCCACGACGUCGCGGGGGCUGUGAGGGGAGCGGAUGUGGUUUACUCCGAUGUCUGGGCGAGCAUGGGCCAGAAGGAGGAGGCUGCCACCCGGAAGCACAAGUUCCAAGGUUUCCAGGUAUUCUUUGCGCCCACAUCUGUAUUGCCUUGUCUUGUCUUGUCUUGUCUUGUCUCCUCUUCUCUUGUCUUCUCUGAUUUAUUAUUUAUUUAUUCCUGUUUAUCUUCAGUUUUUUCUUGAGUUCCCAUGAAUCCUUCUUUCCCUUGAGCUGUGUCGAUCAUCCCGGUAUUCUUUUAUUUUAUUUCUUUUUAUCUUUUUUGUCUUCUCGGAUUGGGAUUUCUCGCCGGGCAUACACCCGUCUAGAGAAAGUUCAAAUAAAAAAUGGAUCAUGCAAAAGUGGGGAGCUCCUCAUCAUCCUUCGUCCAAUAAGAAGCCCCUAUAUAUAUAUACAUAUAUGAUGCGUGGUUUAUUCCAGAGAAUGAUCACUGGAGAAGGAAGCAAGUCUUCUUUCAUGGAAAUCAAGUCUAGGAAGAUUGGAUGAGAUCCCCCCCCCUCUCCGUGAGAUUGGGCAGGAAUUGGCAUCCAUCCACUCUUGCGCGUUGACUGACCACCGCCCUUGUCGUUGGCAGGUCAACGAGGUCCUGAUGGAGCUGGCGGGGCCCAAUGCCUUCUUCAUGCACUGCCUGCCGGCCGAAAGGGGGGUGGAGGUGACCGACGGCGUGAUGGAGGCCCCCAAUUCGAUCGUCUUCCCCCAGGCGGAGAACCGGAUGCACGCCCAGAACGCCAUCAUGCUUCACCUCUUCGGCCUCUGA